AAUUUUCCCCGGGAAAGCUCAGUUUCUGCAGGAGUAGUGAGUUCACUGAAGUCGCUGAAAAACUAUCUAUAAUCAAUGGAGAAAAUAACAGAGAAACUUUUACUGGAGAAAGGCGCUCCAAAAACAAACAAACUGGAGCAAAUCAAGACACUGAAUCUAUCUCAGCUGGCACUGAAACCUCAGGACUUGCCGGUCAGGCUGCUGUCCCGUCUCCAGUCCCUGGAGCGGUGGGAUCUGUCCGGGAACAGACUGCAGGAGCUCCCCACGAACCUGGAGCUGCCUGCGCUUCGCUACCUGGACCUCACUGACAACCAGAUGGAGGACGUUACCACCCUGGAGUCUCUGAGCGGCCUGGAGGAGCUCAAGAUGGAGGACAAUCUUUAUAUCACUGUGAGUGAUAAUUACAAGCUGAUGGUGUUGUUGCCCAAACUGAGGAUUUACAAUGGUAAAGACGUCAGCACUACUGCCAACCACUUGCGCUUCGUCUACAGUGAGAACCUGAGGACCAGGAUAGCUGCAGUUUGGGAGAAGAGCUUCAGUCUUCCGGAUCCCAUCACAGCACAGAAAAUGUCGGACUUGGAGAAAAACUUUGUCAACACUGCCCGUCAGCAGGUUAAAUAUGGACCCAGCUCAGUCAGCGACUUCACCAAAUGGAAGGUGGAGAUUAUUGCUAAGGAGUAUCUGAGCUCUCUGACUGAACCAAAGGAAGAACCGGAGAGGAAGGAGUCUACAGACACUAAAGAGAACAGUGAUGUGUCAACGCCUACCAAGAGGAAACAAACUGCAUCAGUAGUGGACUCCAGCAUAAGCUUGACGCCUCGCAAGAAAUCACGCACAGAUCUCCCAGCCUCCCCGGUGGAAGCCAGUCCUCGCAAAUCCAGCCGCAAACUUCAGACGCUGACCCAGACCAGCACCGUCAGGAUGAGCCCCCGCAAGACAAAUCAGCCUCCCUCCACCCCCACCAGAGGACAGACGAGGGCAGAGACGCCCAAGAGAGCGUCGAAAGUACGACAAACCAAAGAGGAUGACGGAGCUCAUAUAAAACAGAAGAACAGAACAGAGGACGUGCUGUCCACGAUAAAGAUCUGCAGCAAUACGAAGCAUCCGGUGAGUCUGAAGCCUCUCCACGUCCUCCAGUGUCACAGUAAACAGGACAGCUCAGAGGACUUCUCCACCCAGCUGUGGGCCUGUGCUUUCCAGCCGCUGCCUGAUUCCACUGGCGCUGGAGGAGGAAGCCGUUUGGUAGCUACCUGUGGUGGAGACUCUCUCUGUGUGAUUGACUGUGAAACCGGGAUGGUGAUGAAGAAGUACAAAGUUUCUGGAGAGGAGUUCUUCUCGCUGGCCUGGUCCACGGUGUUGAUGUCCAGGGGCGGCGGCGCCUCGGCUCAACACUGCAGCAUUCUGGCUGCCGGUGGGAAGAGAGGACUGGUCAAACUGAUCCACCCCAGAAACAACGUGGCCUACGGCGAGUUCAGAGCGAGCCGCAAGGCGCUGUCUGUCCUCCGCUUCAACCACCACCAGGGAAACUUCCUCUUCACGGGAUCCUACGAUAACAAGAUAGUGAUGUGGGACAUUGGUGGAGUGGACAGCCAGUACAACUACAAAGUCAUUCAGCUGCUGGUGUUGGAGGUCAGCGCCACCCCUCUGCACAUCUGCCUCCCCCCCACUUCCCCCAGCUCACACCUACUGACUGCCUGUGAGGACGGCCUGCACUGCUACAACACACAACUCGGCACCAACAACACCACAAAGAGUAGGUCUGAGGAGAUGGAGAUAACGUUCCCCAUCUAUAAGAAGGAAGACAAAGACCACGACUACCACACCAUUGAUGGCCUCAGUUUUCUUACGGAUGACAUAGUGGCCUCUAAGAACUACAUGCAUGGCUCCAUUUACUUGUGGAGCUGGAGCAGGACGAAGGCCCAGCGUCCUGACAAGAAGGACAGGACCGUUAGUGCUGUGGUUCUGGCUGAGCUGCAGUGGGCCCACACUGAGAUCCCCUACCUGGCUCUCAACACCUGUCCUGGAAAAGCCUACAUAGUGUGUGGUGAUGACAAAGGCAGGUUAUGGACGUACCACAUCACCAACCUGCAGAAAAACUGUUUCCAGACCGGGAAACCCAUACUGCCCACUGAGGUGUUGGAGUGGCCGACCCCGGUGAGGAAGGGCCUCGGCCAGGUGGAGGGCCCCUCCAUCAACAGCGUAGCGAUGGACCCUGAGCUCCGCUUCCUGGUGGCCCUCAGUGACAAGAACAUGGUGAUCGUGUGGAAGAGAGAGGAGUCGUCCUGAGCAAUACUGGCUGUGUGACUGCAACUCAUGAAUGGAAGUCAGGUGUUUUGAUAUAAAUCCUUUGGGUUUUUUUGUAAUGGGGGAAAAAAAAACUGAUGACAAUGUGACAAAUUUUUGUAUUUGUGAGGUCAGAGUUGUUUCACCUAACACCAACGUGCCACUCUGUCUCAGAGAGACACACUGCAGUCGUUUUUUCUUCAUCAUUUGUUUGGGGAAAGUGACUUUUAUGUUGAUCCCACACUGAGAUCUGUCAGAGCAAUUAACAGCCAGACACGUCGAAGGAAUACAAUUACAGUAUUAUUCUUUUUUUUAAUGAAAAUUAGGGCAGUCAAUCAAUUAAAAUAUUUAAUUGCGAUUAAUCGUGAAAUAAUCACACCUUUUUUAUCUGUUCAAAAUGUACCUUAAAGGGUGAUUUU